CCCAAGAAACCGGUUGCCUCCUUUUCGGCCUCUCUCUUUUCCUUUUGUUCUUCUCCUUCUCUCUUCCACUCUGAUACUCAAAUCCUUGAGUCUCUUCUGUCCACAAUCAUCGGCCUGUUGGCGUGCUUCGUACAGAAGCAACGUAAGUCAUCAUCGGGAUUCCCUGGUUCAACCGUCAGCAAGAAGUCUACGACUUCGUACCUCAAGACAGACCGGAAGCACCAACAGCUCAAGAUGAGUCGCGACAACAAGCCUGCUUCCGAGCCGGAGAAGCUCGUGGAGACGCUGCCACUUCACCCAGACCUCCUGCCGGGAGACGAGAAGCAACGCGCCACUGAUGGUGAUGGUAACGGCAAUGCUGGCAAUGGUUACGGAUGGGCGUAUGAAAAGGCCAAGUCUUGGGCGUCUGAGAACCCUGGUCAGGUGGUACGCCUCGCCGUCGGUGUUGCUGCCAUGCGCGCUCCCGCCUUUGUUGCGGGCCUUCUGUUAGGCACGGCGGGCUUCGGAGCGCAAGGCAUUGCUGCCGGCUCGGCUGCUGCUGCGGCUCAAGCGGGAAUCGGAAAUGUCGCCGCGGGUGGCGUCUUUGCCACACUCCAGAGCGCCAGGAUGGGCGGAAACGGAGCGGCGGUCGUCAACAGAGUGGUGCAGGCAGGUGGUGCUGCCUUAUUUGCUAAGUCUGGAUAUGACGCCUUCAAGCAAUGGGCCAGCAGCGAAGAAAAGUCGACGGACAGAUCGGCUUCUGGUCACGCAUCGACAGACGAGUAGAGCCCUUUCACGACUCCUCACAAGCCUCAUUCCACCGAAACCGGCAACAAUAAGGAUGGCGGCAAGCAGAAGACCAAGGGAGCCAAGACUGCCGAGCUUUGAUGUUCCGAGGUCUCCGAAAUCGCAUCAGGAGAACGCUCCUCGGUGUUUGCCAACAGGGCUCUGUUGGGACGAGACCGUACACUAUUCCGUGCAUAUGAAGCCCCUCUAAACUCUAGUGUAGUACGCCUUGCUCGACCUCGAUUUUCUCAACAUGGCCUCGGUGUAAAGGAAUGUAGAAUUAGGGUCAGUGAGCACCUGGUAAGCACC